AUGACCCAGCCAGAAGCCAACACUCGGCAAUCAGCUUGGAUGUUUUCGGUAUACAUCCUCGUCUUUUUCCUUCUUUUCAGCUUAAAUGGGCUGCCGUAUGUUGUAUCUAUGUGGUCCGAUCAGCUCUUUGGGAAACAAAUAAGCGCCGUUGUAUUCAAGUCGAUACUACUACAGUGUAUCGACGACCUUCAAGAGUCGCUAGUUUUGUUUCUCCAGCCGCUCUUCGACAAUGUCGCCUUCGAUGUCCUAUCUGGCGAAGACGAUACCAAAUCCAGACGCCGAAUUACGAAAGCCGAUUCCUUCAUUACCGUCAUCCGGGUGUGCGCCAUCAAACUCCCGUCGGUCGCCGUCACGCUGCUUCUGAUUCUACCGAAAACGAUGGUAUCAAUGAUCGUCUGUAUUCUUGCCGCUGUGACCUGGUGUUCGGUCUUCCCCUGCGCAGCAAAGGCGGUACAGGACGGGAAAGAAGACAGGGAUAAUGCGCUCUCGGAAAAGGAGUCCAAGGCGGAAGAGUACCAGGGAAGAUACUUGCGGUCGCUCUCUUGUUUAUCCAUCAGGCUCCUCUCUUGGAGUGUGAUCCGCAACGGUUGUCUCUUCCUCUUUGCGCUCUUCAGCCCCGGGCUCGACCCUACUCUGAUGACACGAUGUGUCCACCAGGUCGCAGCCCUCGAAACGGUUAUGUUGAAAUUUGUACAGAGCUACCAACGAGCGCGGAAAAUCGUCCAAGUCUGGUUCAAGAACAAGCUUCCAAGCCAGAGCAAUGUGGCGGCUGUCAUAGACAGACUGAGGGCCGGGAGCAACCGGUCUUGUGUAUUGGUUGCCAGCCGUCAUACUGCCGUAGACACUUGUUGCAUCGGGAAGCUGUAUGACAGAGCUCAGAAGUGUUUCAGGGGCGGCCCUUUACUCCCCGUCGCGACCGGGUACUGUCAUGAUAGCCGGACUACGUUGAGUUGCAGGGAGGUGGGAGCAUGGGUCACUGAGAAGUUACGAUGGAGUUUCGAGACGAUAAGCAGAUGCUCGCAACGUCCGGGCUUAGUUGCCGGCGUUCAGGAAUACAGAUCGUUGUUGGCCGCGAACAUGCCUCGGUGCGCCUGCACUGAGGUGUGA